UUGUCACCUACUAGGUACUUGUACUACAAAUUAAUUUGUAUGAGGAGAUUUCACCAUCCUCAUUGAUUAAUUUAUGGUGAUCAGAAGUACUUACUAUCUAAUAUCUCCCUACCUUUCACUCGUACUCGAAUGAUCUUUCGAGAGCCACAAGAAGCUGUUGUUAUAUAUAUUCUUAUAUUAUCAAAAAGUGGUAUGAGAAAACAAAUUGUCACUUCCUCAACUACUAGCGCCAAAAUUUACAUCAACGGAUCUUUUUCAUCGCAUCCACGGCAUCACAACUCUCCGAUCGGACAGUCGGCACGAAAUCAACAAAUCUAUGAUCUAAAUGGAAAAUAAUCCUGUAAACUUGGGUCAAAUUGAUCCUCGACUUCGAGAUGAAUCUAACACAAAUUCAUUUGCGCAAUCUCAACAGCAUCAACAGCCACAACCGCAACACGAAAUUCACAACCUAAACACUCAAAUUCCUGCGAGCACACCUCGAUUAUCUGGUCCGUCAUCAACAGAGCUCUCGCAGCUACAGCAAUACCAUCAACCUAUCCACGAUGGAGGCCAACCUCAAAUGUACAUGCCUGAAACCCCGCAGUCGGUGGUUCGUACACCGGACGAUGGGUCAAUACUUGCGGACGCGUCGGUCGAUCCGAAGCGAUCAAGAGCUUGCGAAGCUUGUCGAGGAUUGAAAGUCAAAUGCGAACCUGAUAUGAACAAUUUCGAGGGUCCUUGCAAACGAUGCGCCAAAGCUAGUCGCCAAUGUGUUGUUACUAUACCAAGUCGGAAGAGACAAAAGAAAGCAGACAGCAGAGUUGCUGAAUUAGAGAAGAAAAUUGAUGCAUUAACAGCUACAUUGCAAGCAACGAAAUCGGCAUCUCUACCAACCACACAUGGAGCCGAAAUUGGUCUUGAGGAUCAUGGCCAGCAUAUUCCACAGAGGCAAAACCCAUAUGAGCAAGUCACAAAUGGAGGAUUUGGAUCCCCUUUUCCCGGUCAUUCCGAAUCAAGGUUGAACCCGGCAGAUUGGUCCAGCUAUCCUAAAGCUUCCCAAUCCGAGAACCAAACAUUAUCUGCACCCCCGAUGGUGAUGGCCGGGCAGAAGCGAAAACACGCCGAGAGUCGAGAUGGCACGCCGGCUGACUCUUUCAUGACUUCGGGUAUGGGACAGAAAACUCCCGACCUUAAUCCACAUCAAGCACUUUGGCAUGCCACUCAAAAACAAACUCCAUCCCAUGAGUAUGCGGAUGUGGUGGAUCGAGGUCUGGUAACAGCCGAUGUUGCUACCAAAAUGUUCGAUUGCUAUGUUGAAAGAAUGGUUCACCAUAUGCCUGCUGUUGUUUUCCCUGCAGGUACCACUGCAGCAGAAAUUCGCAAAACGAAGCCAAUAUUAUUCCUAGCUAUCCUCAGUGCCAGCUCGGGCACAAACUACCCAUCACUGCAGAAACAGCUAACGAAGGAACUGAUGAGUAUCUAUGCAGAUCGCAUCAUUUGUAGUGGCGAAAAGACAUUAGAGCUCAUCCAAGCUCUUCUUAUUAGCACCCUCUGGUACUGGCCACCGGAACAUUUCGAGGAGCUAAAAUUCUACCAGCUUAUUCACAUUGCUGCAGUCAUGGCAAUUGAUAUUGGAAUGGGUAAGAAGGGAAAGGGUGGUAGGACUGAUAAAAUGAAAAGUGCAGGAUUGUGGAGAGAUCAUCCGUGGCGAGGAACACCUUAUCCCGAUCCAGAGACCAUCGAGGCAAGACGUACUUGGCUGGGCUGUUACUUUCUAUGUUGCAAUGCAGCUAUGGGCUUACGCCGACAAAAUAUCAUUGGUUGGACCUCAUUUAUGGCGGAAUCUGUUGAUAUCCUGGAGAACUCCCCGGAGGCAGCGCCUACAGAUAGAAUCUUAACCCAAUGGGUUCGUAGCCAGCGGAUUGCAGAGGAAGUUGGAAUAUCAUUUUCAAUGGACGAACCAGGUGCGAACAUCAGUAUCGCCGACCCAAAGGUUCAGUAUGCCCUCAAAGGUUUCGAACAAGAGCUUGAUAAAUGGAGCAGUUCAAUACCUCCUGACGUUCAAACACGUAAGUGACAAAUUAUACACUAAUUAGACAUUAAUUACUGACACAGUCAUUCAGCAUCCUUAAAACUGACUGAACAUGUAAUCAAUCUUUAUAUGCAUGAAGUGGCUAUGCACGUCGAUCACAACGUCGAGGAGUUUAAGCCACCCUUUACUGAAGAGACGUUACAUAGUGGUCCAGAAACCACAGAUGUCUUAACUUCAGCUCAUAUUGCUGCUCUCUCUUGUUGCCUAACAUCAAUCGACGGUAUCUUUGAGACUUUCCUGCAGUUUGAUGUUGAGGUUAUUCGAUGUCUUCCCAUUGCACAUUUCGUUAGAGUGGCUUAUGCUGUUGUGGUACUUAUCAAGAUGUAUUUUGCGGCGGCCAAUCCAAACGGUGAGUUGGGAAAAGUCUUCAUCAAGGACAACAUGAAAGUAGAGCAUUACCUCGAUGGUUUAGUCGAGGUCUUCCGUGCCUCUGCAGCAGAUGAGAGAUCUCGACCAGCAGCAAAAUUCUUGAUGGUUCUCAUGAUGUUGAAAACCUGGUUCCAUCGCCAGCGAGAGGGCAAAUCAACUCCUGUACACAAUACAGAGCUCUCUGAUUCUACAAAACCUACUGGUGAUACUUCUGGAGAAGGCACAAAUGAGACGGAUCAGAAUGCUGCCCAACAAAUGGGAUCACAACGUAACGGGCAACCGAGCUACAGUCCUGGUCCUGCGAAUACCCCACUGCAGCUUCUUAGUGAAGUCGCGACGGGCAAUUCUGGUGGUCCCCGUCCUGAAAAUCAAAAUCAAAAUCAAUAUGCGGUCCAGCAAAACGACUGGCCAACACAACAACAGCAACAGCAGCCAUAUCCGAACUACGAUCCAUCUCUAAACCCUAUGAACGCUCAAAUACAACAAGGCUAUGGAGACAUAUCAGGAAACAUCGACCCAUCUCUCGGAAUGGAUCUUGGUUUUGCCAUGGGCGAGGGAUUCGAGCAGGCAAUGGGUAUCACGUUUGGAGUCGGCGAUAUCGGUAACUACUUUGGCGAAGAUGUUUUUGGUCAGUUCAUGGGAGGCAACGUGCAGGGAUUUGACGGGGGAAUGUAGCCUUUGAAUUGCUGAACAUCCAUUCUUUUGAUAAGCACUUUUUCUCGGGGUUUGGUGUCUCAUGGUGGGAUGUUCUCACUGUCUUUUGUACUUAGUUUAUUUUUAUGCCAUUUGCAAAUAAGGUGGUAGGUAAGAUAUAAAAACAAAAAAGUAUUUCUCAGACCGAAGUUACUGGUAGCUGGGUAGCCUAUUUGAUAAGCAAGUAGCUUCAACGCGAAGGAACCGAGGAGAAAAAAGAGAGAGGGGGAGCAAUACUAUCUAUCAUCAUCAUCAUCAUCAUCAUCAUCAUCAUCAUGAUGAAAACAGUCCCAAAAUCUCAUAUGAUUCAUGACACUUACUCGCGUCGUUAAUCUAAUAAUAAAGUAUCAAGAUACCUAGGA